GGGGGGGAGGGGAGGAGGGCAAGAUGGCGGCCGGUGAGUGAUUCUCCCUGGCUUCCUUCAGGGCCGAGGAGACGCCGGGGCGGGGGACCCGCUCGUGCAGCCGGCUGGCUUUCUCACCCCCGCCCCCGGAGGCCUCCUCUUUCCCGUCCUCCACCUCGGGGGCGGGCCAGCAUCCUCGGACACCAUGUCAGACUCUGAGGAGGAGAGUCAGGACCGGCAACUGAAAAUCGUCGUGCUGGGGGACGGCACCUCCGGGAAGACCUCCUUAGCUACGUGUUUUGCUCAAGAGACAUUUGGGAAGCAGUACAAACAGACUAUAGGACUGGAUUUCUUUUUGAGAAGGAUUACCCUACCAGGAAAUUUGAAUGUUACUCUUCAAGUUUGGGAUAUAGGAGGGCAGACAAUAGGUGGCAAGAUGUUGGAUAAAUACAUCUACGGAGCACAGGGAAUCCUCCUGGUAUACGAUAUUACAAACUACCAAAGCUUUGAGAAUUUGGAAGAUUGGUAUUCGGUGGUGAAGACAGUAAGUGAAGAGUCAGAAACUCAGCCCCUGGUUGCUUUAGUGGGCAAUAAAAUUGACUUGGAGCAUAUGCGAACAGUAAAACCUGAUAAACACUUACGCUUUUGCCAGGAAAAUGGUUUUAGUAGCCACUUUGUUUCAGCCAAGACAGGAGACUCUGUCUUCCUGUGUUUUCAGAAAGUGGCAGCAGAAAUCCUGGGAAUCAAAUUGAACAAAGCAGAAAUAGAACAGUCACAGAGAGUGGUGAAGGCAGAUAUUGUAAACUACAACCAGGAGCCCAUGUCAAGAACUGUUAACCCGCCUCGGAGCUCCAUGUGUGCGGUUCAGUGAGCACACACUGUGUUGAUAGUUCUGGCUGCUCGUCCCCUGGAUUGGGUCCAAGCUGCCUAGGAACACGUUUUAUCAGAGACUGUCUCUGUUGUCAGCUCACACUUCCCCCCGCUCUGCUCCUUCAUCCUUUAGUUGCCUCAGAGUAUUGGGCGGCUCCCUGGACUGGAAGGAAUUCACAUUUGGGACCACAUGUUUUGAAAUCUGAAUGGAGAGUCCAUUCUCUGGAUUGAGACUGCCUCCUUGCUCCAGAAGAACCAUGUUGCUUCUUUAUCUCUUCACUUCUUUGUUUCCUAGAUAUAAAAAAAAAUUUAAACAGAUAUGAAGAUGCUCUAAGCGUUGAUCAUCAUUAUCUAUCUGAACUUGUGUAUGUGAAAGUGUUCUUCAGAGCACUGAUGGUGAAAGUUACUCAAGAAGGUGUUCCUUUGCUGGCUAUUAGGAGUAAAAUAUACAAAGCUGUAUCUAAUUGAAAGUGCUUCAAAUGAGGCUGUAAUAGAAAUAUUUUUUCAUUUUUAAAAGGAGCCCAAUGUGUUUAUAUUGUAGUUUAUAACUCACAAGUAGUGAAUAUUUGAUAUUGUAUUUUUAUUACUGUAUCAUGGUCAUUGCAUAUUUUAUCAUAUUUGGCUUAGAUGGCUUUAUGAAUUUUGAUAAAUGGUCCAGCUGAUCUUCCACAUGGAAUUUCUCCUACAGACUGUAUGAGAGUGCUUCCAGAUGAGUCAUGAUAUCCUUGGAUCAUUGUGGAUCGAUCACACUGUACCUGAUGUUCAGAUGUUUUUCUCACAUAAAUAAAUUUAUUUAAAUUA